UCCUCCUUCCCCAUAUCACAGUCUUCAGAAAAAGAGGAUCUGCAUCUAGAAAUCGGAGCGUCUUUGUUGGUCCUGUGGAGUCCUGCCUGGUUGUUGGAGAGCUGUACCCAGAGAGGCUGGCCUUGGUCGCUGGGAGCCAUCGCACUGACCUCUCCCAGUCGUCUUCCAGAACAACCUGCAGUCUCAGGAGUAGAAGGAGCGCUGGGAUGCUAUAUGCCCAUGCUGUCCCCUAGAGGCAUCUCCAGCAACAGCCUCUGACUCUGGCUGGCCACCAGGAAGAAAGAGAACUGUCCCAAAGCGGUAGGAGAGGGAGAGGAUAACAGCAAUGGGUUUCUUGGUACCUACAGAUGCCCCACUCUAGCCUGCACCCAUCCAUCCCGCGGCCCAGGGGGACCAGGGCCCAGAAGGCAGCCUUGGUCCUGUUGGCCUUCUGCCUGGCAGCCCUUUGGGGGCUGGGGGAGCUACCAGAACACAUUCUCCGAUGGCUGGUGCUCCAUCUGGCCUCUCUGCAGCUGGGACUGCUCUUCAAGGGGGUCUGCCAUCUGACUGAGGAGCUGUGCCACCUCCACUCCAGGUACCAGGGCAGCUACUGGAGGGCUGCGCGGGCUUGCCUGGGCUGCCCCAUUCGCUGCGGGGCUCUGCUGCUGCUGUCCUGCUAUUUCUAUGGCUCCCUCCCAAACACAGCUGGCCUGCCGUUCACUUGGAUGCUUGCCCUCCUGGGCCUCUCGCAGGCACUGAACAUCCUCCUGGAGCUCCAGGGAGUCAAUGACAGAGAAGUGAGCAAGUUGGCAGCAGGUCGGGAAAUCUUGAGGAGGAGGGCUCUGGUUAUCCUUCCUGGAGGCUCCCCACCCCCACCCUGCUGUCUACAGAGUCUAGCCCCAGCUGAGGUCUCUGCGGUCUGUGAAAAAAGGAACUUCAAUGUGGCCCAUGGGCUGGCAUGGUCAUAUUACAUUGGGUACCUGCGGCUGAUCUUGCCAGGGCUCCCAGACCGGAUACGCACGUACAAUCGGCUGCGCACCAACAUGCUACGGGGCGUAGGGAGCCAUCGGCUGCACAUCCUCUUCCCUUUGGACUGUGGGGUGCCUGACGACUUGAGUGUGGCCGACCCCAACAUCCGCUUCCUGUAUGAGCUGCCCCAGCAAAGUGCUGACCGUGCCGGCAUCAAGGGCCGGAUUUACACCAACAGUGUCUAUGAGCUUCUGGAAAACGGGCAACCGGUGGGCAUCUGUGUCCUGGAGUAUGCCACCCCCUUGCAGACCCUUUUUGCCAUGUCACAGGAUGGCCGGGCUGGCUUUAGCCGGGAGGAUCGGCUUGAGCAGGCCAAACUUUUCUGUCGGAUACUUGAAGACAUCCUUGCAGAUGCCCCGGAGUCGCAGAACAACUGCCGCCUCAUUGUCUACCAGGAACCUGCAGAGGGAAGCAGCUUCUCCCUGUCGCAGGAGAUUCUCCGGCACUUGCGGCAGGAGGAAAGGGAGGUCACUGUGGGCAGCCCGGACACCUCGAUUGUACCCAGUUCCUCCACGCUGUCUCAGGAACCCAAGCUCCUCAUCAGUGGCUUGGAACAGCCUCUCCCACUCCGCACAGAUGUCUUCUGAGGCCCAGGGUUAGCUGGUCUGAACCCCCAGUGCUCCCCAAGACUCUGGAUCCUCAAGACUGUGGAUAGAAGGGCUUUCUUCAGCAGCUGAAUGCCCAGCAGAACCACUUCCUCCCACAGGGAGCCUCUCAGAGAAGGUCCCGGAACUUAACCUCUCAAGAUGAAUCCUAUGACCUUGGGCAAGUCAUUUUACCUCCCUGAACCUCAGUGUCCUCACCUAUGAAAUGGGAUUAUAAUCACUGUCCUACCUACCUCACAGGGUUGUCGUGAGGACUAUGAUUGUAUGGAACAUUUUUGUAAACUGUAAAUGCCCAGGAAACUUAA